AUGGAGCAGCCCGCUGCCAGCAGCGCUGGAGAGGUGCCCGAGCCCUCGCUCCCUGUCCCGAGGCAGAUCCCCGCGGUGCCGAGGAAGGACAAAGCCCUGGAAGGUGACAAAUCCCCGGUGACAGUGCUGACCAAAGGCCCCCGGGCCGAGCUCGGCGGCGCUCCCGAAGCUGUGACAUGCCAGCCCCAGGUGCGACCACCCCCGCAGCCCCCCGGGCCCUGCACGCAGCUGCUGCCCAACGGGGAGGCGGGCAACGGGACGUGCCGGGCCGUGCCCAGCGCGCAGAAACCGCAGCGAAAGCUGCAGCAGCACCACUCCAUCAACAGCCAGAGCAGCAGGAAGAGCAAGGGCAGCUCCAAGUCGCCCUCUUCGCACAUCCCCAUUGAGGCGCAGGAAGACUGCUGCGUCCACUGCAUCCUCUCCUGCCUCUUCUGCGAGUUCCUGACCCUCUGCAACAUCGUGCUGGACUGUGCCACCUGCGGCUCCUGCACCUCCGAGGACUCCUGCAUCUGCUGCUGCUGCUGCAACUCGGGCGAGUGCGCGGACUGCGACCUGCCCUGCGACAUGGACUGCGGCAUCAUCGACGCCUGCUGCGAGUCCGCCGACUGCCUGGAGAUCUGCAUGGAGUGCUGCGGGCUCUGCUUCUCCUCCUGAGGGGCCCUGCUGGGUGGGGGGGACCUGCACGGGACCCCCCGGGCUGUCCCACAGCGGGUGAGGCUCCAGAUGGUCCCGGAGGAGGAGGAGGAGGAGGAGAGCGAAUCCCCCGCUGGAAUCCUCGUCCUUGGAGCUGUGUCCUGCCCGGGGAAGGGUGACCCCAGAGGGCUGUGGGGGCUCUGGAGCUGUCCUGGCCUGCUCUACCUCUGCCAGCACUGGGGGGACUGUGGGAGCCUCCUGCCACCUGAGCCGAGAGCAGGAGAGCCCGUCACACAGAGCCACCCCAGCCUGGGGGACAGCCAUCCUGCAGAGCCACACCAGCAUUGGGGACAGCCCAUCCUGCAGAGCCACCCCAGCCUUGGGGACAGCCCAUCCUGCAGAGCCACCCCAGCCUUGGGGACAGCCAUCCUGCAGAGCCACCCCGGCAUUGGGGACACAUAUCCUGCAGAGCCACCCCAGCACUGGGGACAGCUUGUCACACAGGGCCACCCCAGCCUUGGGGACACAUGUCCUGCAGAGUCACCCCAGCUCCUGGCGUUGGGGACAGCCCAUCUCGCUGCCACCACCCCAGGACAGCUCCGGGGGGUUACAGGGGUGGCACAGAGCAGGGACACCACCCAGGCUGGGUGACCCGCGGGCACUGGGACACGCUGGAGCCUCCAGCCCUCUGCGGGGUCCCGAGCUGGGGGACACGUCCUGCCAGGCCCCCUGCCCCCAGUGCCCAGCCUGGCUGCCAAGUGCAAUGCCCACUGCCUGAGCCCUCCUGGAAGAAGCUUUUCCUGCAGCUGUCACCGAGCUCUGUGUGUCCCCCGUGUGUCCCCCGUGUGUCCCAGGCGUGGUGGGGCAGGGUGGCGUGGCUUGGUUAGUGCCAAAUGACCCCCAGCAGUUGCUGGCCCCAUGCCACCAUCCUCAGGACAGAGGUGGGGUAGCAGACACCCCUCUGACGGGCUGGGGAGACGGGAGGGGAAGUGUCAUGGUAUUUUUUUUUUUUUGUUCCUUUUUACUGUAAAUAAAGGUCUUUCUUCAUUUCUGACUGGCAGCUGGCCCAGCACGUGCUCUGCAAGGCUCUCCCCAGAGACAGAGGCUCCGUGUCCCCUGUCCCCGUGGCCCAUCCUGCUCCCAGCUGGCUUUGGGGACAUGGGACAGGUCACUGAAAGCCCCAGGGUGCUCC